UGUUUAAGCUGUUGUUUCAGCCCUCUCAACAGGCCAAUUUUGCUUCUUGCACGAAACAAUCUGUAUUAUUUACAUGCAGAUUUAUAGCACUCAAAAGGACUUAGGUUUUCGAUGGUUUAUUUUUAAAAUAUAUCAAUUCUCGAGUUCCGUUUCGCUUCGUUGAAGCUUUUUGUAUCAACUCUUUGCAGCGAAUUCAGCCAUUGAAAAAAACUUUGGUCGCAAAAACAGCUUAGAAAUGUAUCUUCUGUUAUUCUGCUUUGUGUGUUACUUGGGAACUAUGCAUUUCUGUCUUGCAUUUGCUGAGAGAACAUUCGAUGCAAAAGUUCGUCUGGCAAAGAUGCUUCUGAAGGACUAUUCAAAGGAGGCAAGACCUGUACUUGAUGUGAGAGAUAAUGUUUCGGUUACGGUUGGAAUAUCCUUGUAUCUUAUCAGGAAUAUGGAUGACAAAAAUCAAAUGCUCACAACAAGUCUAUGGGUACGACAGACGUGGUAUGAUCACAGGUUUACGUGGACGCCAUCAAAUUUUUCCAAUGUCAAAAGGAUUAACAUGCAUGCCAGCGAUGUUUGGGUUCCAGAUAUCAAAGUUUACAACGAAGUAAACCGAGGUAAAUACAGUGGUCUGGAUCAGUUUCAAACCCGGAUUAUUGUCGACAACGACGGGAGGGUUCGAUGGAUGGGUCCAUCCGUGUUGAGAACAUCCUGUCAGGUCGACAUCAAAAUGUUCCCUUUUGAUUCUCAGACCUGUAGGAUCAAGAUAGGUUCUUGGACGUACGAUGGUUUUACUCUGGACGUUAUCCCGGAGUCAUACACUAUGGAUAUUUCCAAGUCCCCUUCAAGUCUCGAGUGGGAGCUGGUAACUACCACGGUAGAACGCAAAGUCCAAUUCUACCCGUGUUGUCCUGAACCCUACCCUGACGUCACAUAUACUGUCACAUUGAAGCGAAGACAAAAAAGCUACGGUGUGAACUUCAUCUUUCCCGCCGUGUUUCUGACAGGUUUAACUAUCAUGGCGUUCGUCACAAGAGGAGAACGGAUCGGUCUUGUGUUAACAUGCCUGGUAUCAAUGUUUUUCUUUCUGAAAAUGGUGGCUGAAAGGACUCCAACCUCAGACACAGUUCCUAUUCUCAGUAUUUACUUUGUCAUGCUUAGUUUUGAGGUAACUCUGAUAUUCUACGCAGUCUGUAUUACCUUAAAUGCUCAUCACCGACAAACACCUUUGAACAUUAUGUCCGAGGGCGUUCGCGGAUUUGUAAUCCAGAAACUUGGUUGUGUUUGGGGUAUGACGAGCAUUGGAAAUGACAUCAAAGAGAAGCUUGAAACACUUCACGCUAUUGCAAAUACGGCAAAGGAUAAAUGCGAAAAUUUUGAGGAACUGAGAUCAAUAGACAGAUCCAUAAACAAAGAUUGCAUGUGUCGGUGUAGCAGCGAGCAGACUAAUGGCAGAGUGGCAACGAUUCAUGCUGAGAGAACUCAGUUAAAACUGGAUGAAUCUGAGAUGGGAAACAGUGAAAAUGAGGCAACUCGAAGUACCAUUACAGAUAGCAGUGCUUCAAGUGGUUCACAGGUCAAUAUAGACCCAGAAAAACACAGAACCGGAAACAGCAAUGUUACAACUGAGAAGCUCGCCGAAACAGUUCAUAAACGGUCGUUGGACGAUGCAAUGGACGCAGGUGUUAACAUGACAAUGAAAAUCCCUCGCGAACAUUUAAAUUUACAAAACCAAGCGCCUCAUUACUGCCAAUGCGAAUCGUGCCUGAGGAAGCCAGGAAAAGCUCGUUGUGUUUCCUUCAUAAACGAUAUGAUAGUUCUCAACCAACGUCUUGUUUCAGAUAUCCAAGAAAUCAAUUAUCUCGCUAGGAAUUGGGAGUACAGAUCAUCGCAAAAAAGACACUGGCUCACGGCAGCGACAACACUCGACAGAGGAUUUCUUAUUUUAUUCCUACUUAUGUUUAUUACUUUAACCGUAUGUAAUUUUAUUUGGUAAUAUUUUCCUAAAAUAUCAUUGUAAUUAUCAUAUACAUUAUAAUUGCUACUCUAAUUGGUUAAUUACAUGCUAAUUGCGUGAAGGAGUGACCUUUAUGUAAUGAACGACGUCGGUACAAUCUCAUCUGCUCAGGAGCUUGGCAAACUAGUCUAGCCGCUAAUCAGGCAAGCAAAAUAAAGAUAAAUUGCAUAAUGAGAAUGACCAUAGUCUUGCAUUGCUGGCUCCUUGCUGAGUUCCCUUUGCAGAAAAAUUUCCAGCACUUGCUUUUCGAUGUUGUUGAUUGUGUCGUUAAAGCAGACUGUGUGAUAGAAGAUAAGCUAUUUUGGGACUGAGGAUUGUGUGAACUUAUUUUACCAGUAGUCAUAGAGUCUGUUGAAAUAUGA